AUGUCCUGGUUUGCUGAUCUAGCUGGAAAGGCAGAAGAUCUUUUGAACAGAGUUGAUCAAGGGGCUGCAACAGCUCUCAGUAGGAAAGAGAACACCAGCAACAUCAUUUAUAGCAAAAAUCCUGACUAUUCUGAACUUCACCAACAAAAUACGGACUUGACUUACCAGACGGGAUCUAAAACUACUUACAUCUCCUCAGCAGCUGAUAACAUUAGAAAUCAAAAAGCCACCAUCUUAGCUGGGACUACAAAUGUAAAAGUAGGAUCUAGGACUUUGGGUGAGGCCUCCCAUCCUAUUGAAAAUGCAUCUGCUCCUAGGCCUUCAUCCCAAUUUGUUCGAAGAAAAAAGUCAGAACCUGAUGAUGAGCUGCUGUUUGAUUUUCUUAAUAGUUCCCAAAAGGAGCCUACCGGGAAAGUGGAAAUCAAAAAAGAAAGGGCCAAAACCCCUGUCUUGCAGAGUUCUCGGACAACCAGCGUCAGUUCUGUGAACACCAGUGUAACCACCGUCAAAACUGUUGAAGAAAAUCCUUCUGGGAGCCAAAGCCACGCAGCCUCUCAUGAUUCAGAUUCUGGCCAUGAAGCCCACGAAGAUUCUUCAAAGGAAAAUGUAUUGUCAGAUGCUGCCUGUACUGAUCCCAACCCAGUGCCUAAUGAUGAUGGCAAAUCACAUGAACUCUCUAACCUUCGCCUGGAGAACCAAUUGUUAAGGAAUGAAGUUCAGAAUUUAAAUCAAGAAAUGGCCUCAUUGCUUCAAAGGUCCAAGGAAACUCAAGAAGAAUUAAACAAAGCAAGAGCAAGAGUCGAGAAGUGGAAUGUUGACCACUCAAAGACUGAUCGAAUAACUCGAGAACUUCGAGCCCAAGUCGAUGACCUGACUGAAGCAGUGGCUGCGAAGGAUUCCCAGUUGGCUGUAUUGAAAGUGAGACUCCAGGAAGCUGACCAGCUGCUGAAUACUCGCACAGAAGCACUGGAAGCCUUGCAGAGUGAAAAAUCACGAAUAAUACAGGAUCACAGUGAGGGUAGUAGCCUGCAGAAUCAAGCUUUGCAAACUCUUCAGGAGAGACUGCAUGAAGCGGAUGCCACUCUGAAGAGAGAGCAGGAGAGCUACAAACAGAUGCAGAGUGAGUUUGCUACACGCCUUAAUAAAAUGGAAGUGGAACGUCAGAAUUUGGCAGAAGCAGUUACGCUGGCAGAAAGAAAACACUCAGAUGAGAAGAAGCGAGUGGAUGAGCUACAGCAGCAAGUCAAAGUGCUGAAGUCCAACUUGGACUCCUCUAAGCAAGAAUUAGCUGACUACAAGCAAAAAGCUACUCGAAUACUCCAGUCUAAAGAAAAACUGAUUAACAGCUUAAAGGAAGGAUCUGGUUUUGAAGGCCUAGAUAGCAGUACUGCUAACAGCGUCGAACUAGAGGAACUUCGGCACGAGAAGGAGACGCAGAGGGAGGAAAUACAGAAACUGAUGGGUCAGAUACAUCAGCUGAGAUCCGAGUUACAGGAUAUUGAGACUCAGCAGGUGAGUGAAGCAGAAUCAGCAAGAGAACAAUUACAGGAUCUGCAAGACCAAAUAGCCGGGCAGAGAGCCGCUAAAAAAGAGCUAGAGGCAGAAUUGGACCGACAGAAGCAGGAAUUCCGCUACAUAGAAGAAGAUCUGUAUCGAACAAAGAACACGUUGCAAAGCAGGAUUAAAGAUCGAGAAGAUGAAAUUCAAAAACUCAGGAAUCAGCUUACCAAUAAAACCUUAAGCAACAGCAGUCAGUCCGAGUUAGAAAACCGACUCCAUCAGCUGACUGAGACUCUCAUCCAGAAGCAGACCAUGCUGGAGAGUCUCAGCACAGAGAAGAACUCUCUGGUCUUCCAGCUGGAGCGCCUCGAGCAGCAGAUAAACUCUGCUGCCGGAAGCAGUAGUAACGGGUCUUCUAUUAACAUGGCUGGAGUUGACAGUGGAGAAGGCACACGUCUGCGAAACGUUCCUGUUCUUUUUAAUGACACAGAAACUAAUCUGGCAGGAAUGUAUGGGAAAGUCCGCAAAGCUGCUAGUUCAAUUGACCAAUUUAGCAUCCGUCUGGGGAUUUUUCUCCGAAGAUAUCCCAUCGCACGAGUUUUUGUGAUUAUAUAUAUGGCUUUGCUUCACCUCUGGGUUAUGAUUGUUCUGUUGACUUACACACCGGAAAUGCACCACGACCAACCACAUGGCAAAUGA